AAGAUGCACUUUCAAGAUUCAACUAAAAUUUAGGUUAUGAGAAAAAUCAGAAACUUCUUCUUCUGUGGCUCCCAAUAUUCGUCCCCAGAGGCUAUAAAUUGCACCAAACGAAUAACCCUUCCUCACAACACAAAAUACUAUCAAGAUUUUCUCUCCAAGAAAAGAAAAAACUAAAGGGCCCUUGCAAGUAUUUUCUUGUAAUGGCUGCUACAGUAUAUGCUACUGGAUUCAAAGAUGGUCUAGGCCUUUCUUCUUCUUCAUUCAUGGCAGGUGAAGACUACGCCGCCCUCGCCAGGGCGGUUCCAACACAGGUUCGGAUGGCGCAUCCUGUGCGAUCGAGGCCGAUGAUGAAGAAUGUGAAUGAAGGGAAGGGUCUUUUUGCUCCAAUUGUUGUUGUCACGCGUAAUGUUAUAGGGAAGAAGACAUUCAACCAGCUGAGAGGCAAAGCUAUUGCUUUACACUCACAGGUGGAUCCCACUUUUCUCUUAACGGUCAAAAAUUCAAUUAUCAAAAUCACUCCCAAACAGGUUCUAGAAAGUUUUCACUUGUUCAUUUUUAUCGAGUAA